GAAUUGACGAUAAACCCUCAGGCUCAGCAAUGGCAGCAGCCGCAGCAGCAGCAGCCCUUCCCCCCUCAACAGGGCGCGCCGAUGGGGGGGUACGGGUACGGGACCCCGAAUCUGAUGCCAGUGCAGCCGACGCCGGCCUCUGCGGGGUACGACACGGCGCAAAAGGCCUGGGCGCAGCCCGUCAACACGGCGAGCGACGUCGAGGCGCUGCGCAAGGCCAUGAAGGGCAUGGGGUGCGACGAGAAGGCGCUGAUCCGGGUGCUGACGCAGCCGCAAUACUCGAACCCGUGGGCCAUGGCGCAGCUGGUGCGCGACUACGACAGCCGGUUCCUGCGCAGCCUCGAGGACGACGUGCGCAGCGAGACGCGCGGCGAUUUCGAGACGGCCCUGCUAGCCAUCUUGCGCGGGCCCUUGCGGCACGACGUGCACGUCCUCACGCGCGCCCUCGACCGCCUCGGCACCGACGAGGAGGCGCUCAUGGACGUGCUGCUCGACCGGUCCAACGCCGACCUGCGCGCCAUCGCGGCCGAGUACCGCCGCGUGAACAACAACCGGGAUUUGUUGACCGCCAUCCGCGACGACCUGUCGAGCGACGACGCCCUGUUCCGGCUGUACAGCAUGGUGCUGUCGGCGACGCGCGCCGAGGACGCCGCGCCCGUGCUGCCGCACGAGAUCGACCAGAAAGUCACCGAGCUGCAGCGCGCGACCGAGGGGACCAUUGGCGCCAACGCCGUGGCCGUGGCGCAGAUCUUUGCCAGCAGCAACGCGGCCCAGCUCCGCGCCGUGGCCGACGCCUACCAGACAAAGUACCACCGCUCGCUGCAGGAGGUCAUUGAGAAGGAGUUCCGGGGCGACAUGGAGGACGCGCUGCUGCGCAUGCUGAUGGCGAGCCGCGACCGCGCCGCGUCCGACGCACAACGGCUGCGUGAGGCACUGAUCAAGAAGAAGGAGACGCUUUUUGUUAAUCGGUUGGUGAGUCUCUACUGGGACGGGCCGCGGUUGCAGGCGGCCAAGGAUGCGUACAGGAAGAAGUUCCAUUGCACCCUGGCCAAGGACGUCAAGGACGCGCUUAAGGGGGAUCUUGAGGAUUUCGCUUUGGCUCUUAUCAGGGAGAAGUGAGGACGCGAUUGGUUGCUAGUUUGCCGCUUUUAGCUAUGUAGAUGCUGCGUUUCUGGUUUCGCACACAG